CACGCGAACAGACCUGGGCCAAUCAGGCGCUCUGCUGGGAGGAGUUGCACAGGUUUCCAAACGCUCGGCGGCGCCAUGGGCUUGAGAACUCAACGGAGAUGGAAUGUCCCAGUCUGAACCGGUUUCAGCCGGUUGUUAGUGUGUGGCAUUAGAGCUGAAGAAGCGCCUCUUUCCAGCCUCCAAGCCCUGCUGCUCCGCGCGUUUACGUUGGAGGGCUAAACAACAGGUAGCAACAGAAAGGAUUUCGUCCUGUACAAUGUGCAAGGGCCCCGACUGAGGACUACUAGCGCCAGCAGUGAAAAAGCAAGCCCGUCCAUUAAUUACACCCCCAGUAUUUACAUUUUCCUCCUCCAGUGGGUGUGAAGAGCAAGCCCCCUGCCUGGGCCUACGGAUCUAAUCCUGCUUCCCCUUCAUCUCAUUGCUUUUGGGCCGUGUCCCUCAUUCACUGGGACACAUUAUUAUUUAUAUUCCUUUUUUUUUGCCAAGGCAAUAAAGCAGCAAUACGUUUGAGUGGUAAAAUUCUUACUGAGAAAGGGUAACCCGCCCAUACACAGCCCCACGCAUGUACAUGUGUCUGGGGGUGCGCUACUGGUAAGAAGUGUAUCAUUCGUUGUGGGGGAAUAUUCUGGUGGAUUACUGAAAAAUAACAAAAUACAGUUUGAGCCGUCACCCUCCUGCUCCCCCUUUACUUCAAGUGGUUCAGCCCCAUUCUCUCGUAUUGUGCUGAGGAGAAGGCAGCUCCCCGCUCUCGUAAUCUAUGCCAGCAAUUAUGACCAUGUUAGCGGACCAUGCAGCUCGACAGCUGCUGGAUUUCAGCCAGAAACUGGACAUCAACCUGUUGGACAAUGUGGUGAAUUGUUUAUAUCAUGGGGAAGGAGCACAGCAAAGAAUGGCACAGGAGGUCUUGACCCACUUAAAAGAACACCCAGAUGCAUGGACAAGAGUUGACACAAUCUUAGAGUUCUCACAGAACAUGAACACCAAAUAUUAUGGUCUGCAGAUCUUGGAAAAUGUAAUAAAAACAAGGUGGAAAAUUCUUCCUCGGAACCAAUGUGAAGGAAUUAAAAAGUAUGUUGUGGGACUAAUCAUAAAGACUUCCUCAGAUGCAACAUGUGUAGAAAAAGAAAAAGUGUAUAUCGGAAAACUGAACAUGAUUCUCGUUCAGAUAUUAAAACAGGAAUGGCCUAAACAUUGGCCCACGUUUAUCAGUGAUAUUGUGGGAGCAAGCAGAACCAGUGAAAGCCUUUGUCAGAACAACAUGGUCAUUCUGAAACUGUUAAGUGAAGAAGUUUUUGAUUUUUCCAGUGGUCAGAUAACACAAGUGAAAGCCAAACACCUGAAAGACAGUAUGUGCAAUGAGUUCUCCCAGAUAUUUCAGCUGUGUCAGUUUGUAAUGGAAAAUUCACAAAAUGCUCCACUUGUUCAUGCUACUCUGGAAACGCUCCUUCGAUUUCUUAACUGGAUUCCUCUAGGAUAUAUCUUUGAAACCAAACUCAUCAGCACGCUCAUAUAUAAGUUUUUAAAUGUUCCUAUGUUCCGAAAUGUCUCUUUGAAGUGCCUCACUGAGAUAGCUGGAGUCAGUGUGAGCCAGUAUGAGGAGCAGUUUGUAACACUCUUUACACUGACCAUGAUGCAGCUAAAACAGAUGCUGCCUUUGAAUACAAAUAUUCGUCUUGCUUAUUCAAAUGGGAAAGAUGAUGAGCAGAAUUUUAUUCAGAACCUCAGCUUGUUUCUGUGUACUUUUCUUAAAGAGCAUGGACAACUUAUAGAAAAAAGACUCAACUUGAGAGAAACAUUAAUGGAGGCUCUACACUAUAUGUUGCUUGUUUCUGAAGUGGAAGAGACGGAAAUCUUCAAAAUCUGCCUUGAAUACUGGAACCAUCUAGCAGCAGAGCUGUACAGGGAGAGCCCAUUUUCAACAUCAGCGUCUCCACUACUUUCUGGUAGCCAGCAUUUUGAUGUUCCUCCUAGAAGGCAAUUGUAUUUGCCUGUUUUGUCAAAGGUUCGACUGUUGAUGGUGAGUCGUAUGGCUAAGCCAGAGGAAGUUCUAGUAGUGGAAAAUGAUCAGGGUGAAGUGGUGCGUGAAUUCAUGAAGGACACAGAUUCUAUUAACUUGUACAAGAACAUGAGGGAAACUUUGGUAUACCUUACUCACCUGGAUUAUGCAGAUACUGAGCGAAUUAUGACUGAAAAACUGCAUAACCAAGUUAAUGGCACUGAGUGGUCUUGGAAAAACCUAAAUACUUUGUGCUGGGCAAUUGGAUCAAUCAGUGGAGCUAUGCAUGAGGAAGAUGAAAAGAGAUUUCUUGUUACAGUUAUAAAAGAUCUCCUUGGUCUAUGUGAACAGAAGCGUGGAAAGGACAAUAAAGCCAUCAUUGCAUCAAACAUAAUGUACAUUGUAGGCCAAUACCCCAGAUUUCUGAGAGCUCAUUGGAAGUUUUUAAAGACUGUUGUAAACAAGUUAUUUGAAUUUAUGCAUGAAACCCAUGAUGGUGUUCAAGAUAUGGCAUGUGAUACCUUCAUUAAGAUUGCACAAAAGUGCCGUAGACACUUUGUUCAAGUGCAGGUUGGAGAAGUAAUGCCUUUCAUUGAUGAGAUCUUAAACAAUAUCAAUACCAUUAUAUGUGAUCUUCAACCACAACAGGUUCACACAUUCUAUGAAGCAGUUGGGUACAUGAUUGGGGCACAAACGGACCAAACAGUACAAGAGCAUUUAAUUGAAAAGUAUAUGUUACUUCCUAAUCAAGUAUGGGACAGUAUAAUUCAGCAAGCCACAAAGAAUGUUGAUAUAUUGAAGGACCCAGAAACUGUUAAACAGCUUGGCAGCAUUUUGAAAACAAAUGUAAGAGCAUGUAAAGCUGUUGGUCAUCCUUUUGUUAUUCAGUUGGGAAGAAUUUACCUGGAUAUGUUAAAUGUGUAUAAGUGCCUAAGUGAAAACAUUUCUGCGGCUAUACAGGCAAAUGGUGAGAUGGUCACUAAACAACCACUGAUCCGAAGUAUGAGGACUGUUAAAAGGGAAACUCUAAAACUGAUUUCUGGCUGGGUUAGCAGGUCCAGUGAUCCACAGAUGGUUGCUGAAAACUUUGUUCCUCCCUUAUUGGACGCAGUUCUUAUUGAUUACCAGAGAAAUGUGCCGGCUGCCAGAGAGCCUGAAGUACUCAGCACAAUGGCUACUAUUGUAAACAAGUUAGGGGGGCAUAUUACGGCUGAAAUACCUCAAAUAUUUGAUGCUGUGUUUGAAUGCACAUUGAAUAUGAUUAACAAGGACUUUGAAGAGUAUCCAGAGCACAGGACAAACUUUUUCUUGCUUCUUCAAGCUGUGAAUUCCCACUGCUUUCCUGCAUUUUUGGCUAUCCCCCCAGCUCAGUUUAAACUGGUGUUAGAUUCUAUCAUUUGGGCCUUUAAACACACAAUGAGAAAUGUCGCAGAUACAGGUCUACAGAUUCUAUACACCUUGUUGCAGAAUGUUGCUCAAGAGGAAGCUGCAGCUCAGAGUUUCUACCAAACUUAUUUCUGUGACAUACUUCAGCACAUAUUCUCCGUUGUAACAGACACAUCACAUACUGCCGGGUUAACAAUGCACGCAUCAAUUUUGGCAUACAUGUUCAAUCUAGUGGAAGAAGGAAAAAUAAGUACGCCUUUGAAUCAAGCUAGUCCUCUUAGCAACCAGCUAUUUAUUCAAGAAUAUGUGGCUAACCUUUUAAAGUCUGCAUUUCCCCACUUACAAGAUGCACAGGUUAAACUUUUUGUGACUGGCCUCUUCAGUUUAAACCAGGAUAUUCCUGCAUUUAAGGAACAUCUUAGGGACUUUCUUGUACAGAUUAAGGAAUAUGCUGGUGAAGACACCUCUGACCUGUUUCUGGAAGAAAGGGAAUCUUCCCUUCGACAAGCCCAAGAGGAAAAACACAAACUCCAGAUGUCUGUUCCUGGCAUACUUAAUCCACAUGAAAUUCCUGAAGAAAUGUGUGACUAGUUUUUAAAAGUCAACUUAAGCCGUUAACUUCCCUCUUCCCGCUAAACAUCCAAUUUGUUCAGGAAAACAUCACUUUGAUUAUUGUUGACCAAAAUGAUGCCAAUUUGUAAAUUAUAAUGUCACCUAGUGGCCCUUUUUCUUAUUAUGCGUUUUUGUAUAAGAAAUUUUCUGUGAAAUAUCCUUCCAUUGUUUAAAGCUUUGGUCAUCUUUAGGUUUGCAUGACAUUAAGGAUUUUUUUUCCUUUUUUAAAAUUCUUUCAUGCCCAUUUUAUGGCUUUGGGGUUGAGGACAGAAGAACUGAUUCAGAACUUGUAUUUAGUUAGGUCUGCUAAAAUGUAAUUCCUCCCCAUGAAAGACACAUACUUUUUAUGAGUUUUUUUUCCCUUUUUCUUUCAUAUUGAUUUUGCAGCCUAGAAGGAAUUUCAGUUGAUAACAAAUUGACUUGUGUAGACAAGUAUGGCACUGCUGCAUUCGCUGAACAAUUAACCGUCAUUUAGGGUUGAGGUGGGCUAGACAUACAUACAUACUACAAGUUGAACAGAAGAUAAUUGGUGCAGCAAGAUCAUGUGCAUAUCAUCCCAUUGUAAAGUGACUUCAGAAAGUAUGGGAACACAGUACAGUUAGUUAUUUUUACACAGUUUUUUGUUUUGUGUGUGUGCUGUCGCUUUGUCGACAACAGCUUUUUGUUUUCCUCAAUGAGGAGUGUUGCUCAUUUGUGAGCCUUCAUUAACGAGAAGUGAAAUGGUUAAAAAUAUUUAUCCUGUUAGAAUAGGCUUGCAUCUUUUUAACAACUCAUAAAACUCUGGCUUUUGAGAUGACUUGUACUAAUUUACAUUGUUUACCAUGCUGUAGUGCUUUAAGAACACUACUACUUAAAAAGCAAAAUAAACUUGGUUUACAUUUA